UACUGAUAUUCAUACUCUUCAAGUUUGUUAAGGAUUUAAGCUAAUUUUCACGCAAUCAUUUCUUAACAUCUAGUAGCUUAUCUGAAAAAAUAUUCUUGGGACAAGAUGAAUUUCAAAGUAAAAAACUAUCGGAAUUUCUUAUUCCAUCCUAUAGGAGUGAAAAAUAUCUUAUGGAAUUUCAAAAAUGUCCCUAAAGAUUGGCAAUGCAUUUCUGAAACAGGUCAAAUUGUUUAUCUUGAUCUCAUAUUUGUGAGGUAUAUCAAUAAUAAAAGAGUAUGAACCACCCAGAAUACUUUCCUAACUUUGCACUAUAGCUUACAGGAGGGCUCCCCAUAUUUUCUAAUAUAAAUAUAUUUUAUAUAAGUUUAAAUUUUUAGUAAAUAUUUUCAGAAAUGCAGAAAAAUAAUUAAGAUAAGAGAGGAAUAGUCAUUCCAUCCCAGAAUAGUUGUCAUGGCUGCACAGUUGGUGCACCAACCUUGUCAUCCCCCUCGCGCUUCCACAAACACACUAGGCACGCAUCAUCAUCAUUCACAGAACCACACUACGCCUAUUCUUUUUGGUUCGCAAAUUCCAAAUGCCCCACGUGGAAGAAGAUCAACCAAACCCCUUGCAUUUGCAGCCACAGAAACACAAUACCAACAACCCAGCAUUCAACCACUCAUUGAUCUCUUAAAGUCCUGCGAGGAAAAUGGGUCUCUGAAACAAGCCAAUUGCAUUCAUGGGCAUGUUUUGAAAUCCGAUUUUAGUGAUCGAGACAAUUUGGUGUUUCUGAACCACGUAGCUCACGUCUACUCAAAAUGCAUGGAUUACGAUUCUGCUCGUAAGGUGUUCGAUGGUAUGUCUAAGAGAAAUAUGUUUUCUUGGACUGUCAUGAUUGUUGCAUCGAACGAACAUGGCUACUACAGUUACGCGUUUGAACUUUUUUGCAUGAUGUUGGAGGAGGGUUUGUUGCUUGAUGGGUUUGCUUUCUCUGCUAUUUUGCAGUCUUGUGUUGGAUUGGAUUCGUUAGAGUUCGGGGAGAUGGUUCAUGCUCAAAUUGUUGUUAGGGGUUUUCCAAUGCAUGCCUUUGUUGGGACAUCUCUUCUCAACUUGUAUGCAAAGUUAGGAAAGUGUGAGUGUUCUGUCAAGGUGUUCAACAACAUGACAGAGGUUAAUGAUGUUUCUUGGAAUGCAAUGAUUUCUGGUUUUACCUCUAAUGGUUUAUACCUACAAGCAUUUGAUUGUUUUCUCAACAUGAUUGAAGUUGGUGUGCCGCCUAAUAAAACCACGUUUUUAUGUGUUUCGAAGGCAGUUGGGCCGCUAGGCGACAUUAACAAGUGCAUUGAAGUUCAUAGGUAUGCUUCUGAAUGGGGAUUGGAUUGCAAUGCUUCAGUUGGAACAGCUCUUAUUGACAUGUAUUCUAAGUGUGGGUUUCUAUCUGAUGCACAAGUACUUUUUGACUCGAAGUUCAGAAGUUGUCUGGUUAGUGCGCCUUGGAAUGCAAUGAUAACAGGCUAUUCACAAGCUGGUUGUCACCUAGAAGCUUUGGAAAUGUUCACUAGAAUGUGUCGAAAUGGCGUCAAACCAGAUCUUUACACAUUCUGUUGUGUGUACAACUCAAUUGCUGCUCUGAAGUGUCUGAAAACCUUAAAGGAGACACAUGCCGUGGCUCUAAAAUGUGGAUUCAAUGUAAGGGGAAUUAGUGUAUCGAAUGCCCUUGCCGAUGCUUAUGUCAAAUGCGAGUCACUUGAAGCUGGAGAGAAGGUAUUCUAUAGAAUGGAAAAGAAAGAUAUAGUAUCUUGGACAACCAUGGUGACGGCAUAUUGUCAAUAUUCAGAAUGGGGGAAGGCCUUGGCUAUCUUUUCACAAAUGCGGAAUGAAGGCUCUGCACCCAAUCAUUUUACUUUUUCUAGUGUGAUUACAGCAUGUGGGGCUCUUUGUUUACUCGAAUAUGGUGAGCAAAUUCAUGGUCUAAUAUGCAAGGCCAGCUUGGAUACUGACUCGUGCAUUGAAAGCGCCCUAAUUGACAUGUACUCUAAAUGUGGCAAUCUGAUAGAGGCAAAAAAGAUAUUUGAAAGAAUAUCUAACCCGGAUACUGUUUCCUGGACUGCAAUUAUAUCCACUCAUGCUCAACAUGGUCAUGUUGAAGACGCCCUUCAACUCUUCAGAAAAAUGGAACAAUCAGCUGUGAAAGUCAACGCUGUUACAUUGUUAUGUAUACUUUUCGCAUGUAGCCAUGGAGGAAUGGCGGAGGAUGGCCUGAAAAUUUUCAAUCAAAUGGAGGGUACCUAUGGAGUUAUACCAGAAAUGGAACAUUAUGCUUGUGUUGUUGAUCUCUUAGGCCGUGUUGGCCGCUUAGAUGAAGCAGUGGAAUUUAUCGACAGAAUGCCAAUCAAGCCGGAUGAGAUGAUUUGGCAAACUUUGUUAGGAGCGUGUAGGAUUCAUGGAAAUGCUGAACUAGGGGAGAUUGCGGCUCAAAAGAUUCUAUCAACUCAACCGGAACAUUCUUCUACCUAUGUUCUUUUGUCCAACACUUACAUGGAAUCAGGUUUACUUGAAGAUGGAGUUAGUUUGAGAGAUGUCAUGAGAGAACGAGGCAUUAGAAAGGAACCAGGGUAUAGUUGGAUUUCUGUGAGAGGUGAGGCUCAUAAGUUUUAUGCUAGAGAUCAACAGCAUCCCCAGAAAGACAAAAUAUACACUAUGUUAGAAGAUUUGACUAGGAAUAUGUACAUGCAUUAUGAACCAGAAUUAAGUAUAAUAUUCUAACACAUGAACUCAACUUUUUGAUUACAAUAGUGCUUAAAAACUAAGGAAAAUAAGGGGUCAUCCAGGCUUGUGACAAAAAUAAUAGCAUGCAUGAUUGAUGUUAUGACCAAAAGUGAGGUAACAAUUGAUAGCAUGUGGCCAACUAAUAGUACAAAUAUAAAAAUCAACUUGAGAGAGGACUGGGAAUUGCCAUUGGUGUUUUCCAAAUUGGAAGGCAAUAGUC